AUGAUCAACAAUAAAGUGGAUGUCAUUGCCCUUCAGGAAACACACACAACUGACGAAGCCGAUUUGCAAAAACGAGGAUACAUAGCUGGAUACACAUUAAUUGGAGCCAUCAAUCAUAAGCAAUAUGGUAUAGCAACAUAUGUCAAAAAUGAUAUUGAUACAGCGAAUGUAGUCUACAGAAGCCAUUUGAAUAACAUAGAAAUAUUAGCAACUACAAAAGAUAACGUCACAAUAAUAAAUGUAUAUAAACCACCUAAUGCCAAUUGGGAAAACCCGCCCGUGAAACUAUUCGAUCACCCAGCCGUGUAUAUAGGUGACUUUAACAGCUACAACAGUGAUUGGGGCUAUGAUCAAAAUGACGAUAACGGAGAAGUGCUCCGAGAAUGGAUUGCUCUACACAAUUUGGAACUUAACUAUAACGCUAAGGAUAUGGGAACUUUUAAGUUAGCCAGAUGGCGCAAAGACUACACCCCUGAUCUUAGCAUUACAUCAAGGAAUACCUUAGACGGUCUUACAAUAGCGACAAGACAUAUAUUUGGAGACUUCCCUCAUAGCCAACACCGACCUGUAUUAUUGGAAUAUGGCCUAAAAGUACCAUUAGUUCAUUUUUUACCAAAACCGCGGUGGAAUUUUAGAAAGGCAAAAUGGGUCGAAUAUGCUAAUGAACUAGACCAUGUAAUCCAAUGGAUACCACCAACAGUAAACUGCUACGAAAGAUUCAUUGGUGCAGUCAAAGCAACAGCGUAUAAACAUGUUCCAAGAGGGUUUAGAAAACAAUUCAUCCCGGGCUGGGAUGAAUCAUGCACCGAACUUUUCGAAGAGUUUCAAAAAACAAAGUCCAACAAUGAUACUGAUAAUCUUAUAAAUGCUCUAAACACAAAAAGAAAACAAAGGUGGCAGGAAACCACUGAGAAGAUGGAUUUUAAGUACUCAAGCCACAAGGCGUGGGGUCUUCUCAAGAGAAUGGGGGCUGUUAACCAGGGUAGCAUGAAACAACACACAACCAACCCGAAUCAAGUAGCUACCAGACUAACGGGAAUGAGUAAACUAGCAAUGGACAAGGAACACGCACGAAUAAUUAAAUCAGAAUUAAGACGCCGCAAAAAGGCACUAGAACCUCAUACUUCGCUUGGAGCAGAUUUCUCACUCGAGGAAAUAAAUAAUGCUUUAAGGAAAACUAAAAUAAAUAAAGCUGCCGGAUAUGACGAAAUUUACUCAGAAUUUCUUAAAUUCUCUGGACCAAAAACCCGUGCAUGGUUAACAUGUUUUUAUAGCGAAAUACUUAGAAGUGGUCAGCUGCCAAAACUUUUCAAGAGAGCUAAGGUCAUUGCCUUGCUUAAGCCCGGGAAUGAUGGUCUUGACGCUGCAGAUUUCCGUCCAAUAUCACUUCUGAGUGUUCCAUUCAAGUUACUCGAGAGAAUUAUCUUAGAACGCAUACAGCCCCAUAUCGAAAAACUAAUUCCAGUUGGACAGGCAGGAUUUCGAGAAAAUAGGGGCUGUGAGGAACAGGUACUUGCGCUUACAACCCUAAUUGAAGCGGGAUUUCAAAACAAGUUAAAAUCCAGUGCUGCAUUUGUCGACCUUUCUGCUGCAUAUGACACGGUUUGGAGACACGGACUUAUGUAUAAAUUUAGCAAAGCUAUACCUUGUAAAAAUCUUGUAACUCUCCUUGAAAAUAUGCUAACUAACUGUCGCUACCAGGUUUUUAUGGGCUGCAAAGGAAGUAAAUGGCGCACAGCAAACAAUGGUCUCCCGCAAGGUUCAGUACUUGCACCAACCCUAUUUAACCUUUAUCUGCAUGAUAUACCAAAAACCAAAGGACUUAUGUUCCAAUAUGCUGACGACAUUGCUAUCGUACACCAGAUCAGGGAAUUAAAAGACGGGAGCAACACAUUAAACGACGGUCUUGCUACACUAGGCGAUUAUUUUUAUAAAUGGCGACUAAAACCCAACCCCACGAAAACGGAGGUGUGUGCAUUCCAUUUAAAUAAUAAACAAGCUUAUGAAGAACUAGAGGUGGUUUUCAAUAGUGUACAAGUCCAACACAGUUUCAAACCCAAGUACCUAGGAAUUACUCUCGACCGCUCACUUACCUUUAAAGAACACAUCGAAAAUACAACGAAGAAGCUACAUUCACGCAUCAACAUAAUACAGAAACUUGACGGUACGGGCUGGGGAGCAGAUGGCAGGACUCUAAGAACAGCUACGUUGGCCCUAGUUUACAGUACCGCAGAAUACGGUGCUCAAGUCUGGUGUAACAGUACACAUACGAAAAAAAUAGACACACAACUCAACAUCGAAAUGAGAAUAGUUAGUGGAACAGUGAAAAGGACACCGACACAAGGUUACUAGUCUUAAUUAAUAUUCUGCCACUAACAUUACGCAGCAAGGAGGCACUGCUUAGAACAACAACCAAAGCUGAUAAGAUGAAAAGGUCCCUGUUAUACCAAAUGCUGAGAAAUACACCUAACCUCAGGCUAAAAUCAAGGAAGCCCCCGUAGACCACAGCUAAGGAGUCGGCACUAUCAAACUUUGAGGGUACAAAAGAAUGGCGCGAAAACUGGACAUCAACAGAUGCAGAAAAUAGUGGUCUAGUGUCAGACCCUAAUAAAGGUGUAGAAGGCAUGGAUUUACCACGAGAUGUAUGGUCCGUACUUAAUAGAAUCCGAACUGGUCACGGCCGGUGCGGCUCCAUGAUGUCCAAAUGGGGUCUUAAGGACAGCCCUACGUGUGAUUGCGGUCACGAUAACCAAACAAUUCACCAUAUUGUGGAAGAUUGCCCGAAAAGGAGGUUCAAUCGGGGCAUUGAGGGAAUUCAUGCGGCAAAUAAUGAAGCAUUAGAAUGGAUUCGAGAACUAGACAUUGCCUUAUGA